AUGAUUGAUAAUGAAAUUGAUUUUGAUGAGGAACAUGCAAAUAAUCCCAUGACUAAGAGAGAUUACAAGGCGCUGAGCAGAAAGCUUAAUCUCUUAGUUCGCCAUACUCAAGUUUUCUCUACAUCAAAGUUUGACUAUAUGCAGCAAGCUCACAUGGAGUCUGAGAAAGCUCUUUUUGAAACAUCUGCGAGCUUGAUUUCUGAUACAACUGUGAAGGUUGAUGCUGCAUUUAAGGAAGUCAAACCGGCUACUGCGAAAGUAGAUGUUAUUUUGAAGGAAGUCAUUGAGUCUUUGAACAAGAAGCUAGAUGCAAUUAUAAAUGAUGUUAAGGAGAUUCUCACUUAA